GCUCUUAUAAAUGCGGCCGGAGCCGGAGCGUCGGUACCGGAGGAUGAGACAGACCGAGAAGAAGCUUCGUCCCGCCGCACACCGGAGCCGCAAGCCGUCCGUUCAGCUCCCGCUUCUCCUCAUCUCUACAGGUGUGUUAUAGCAGUAAGGAAAGAUGGCCGUGUCGUCCAGCGCCGCCCUCAGCAAGGCCGUGAAGCAGCAGUACAUGCAGCUUCCUCAGGGGGACAAAGUCCAGGCCAUGUACAUCUGGAUCGACGGGACCGGGGAGGGACUCCGCUGCAAGACCCGGACCCUGGACUCCGAGCCCAAGAGCGUCGAAGACCUCCCGGAGUGGAACUUCGACGGAUCCAGCACCUACCAGUCCGAAGGCUCCAACAGCGACAUGUACCUGAUCCCCUCGGCCAUAUUCAGAGACCCCUUCCGCAAAGACCCCAACAAACUGGUGCUGUGUGAAGUCCUCAAGUACAACCGCAAACCUGCCGAAACCAACCUAAGGAUCAACUGCAACAAGGUGAUGGACAUGGUGAAGGACCAGCACCCCUGGUUUGGCAUGGAGCAGGAGUACACCAUCCUGGGCACGGAUGGACACCCGUUCGGCUGGCCAUCCAACGGAUUCCCCGGGCCGCAGGGUCCGUAUUACUGUGGUGUUGGGGCGGACAAGGCCUACGGCCGGGACAUCGUGGAGGCUCAUUACAGAGCCUGUCUGUACGCCGGAGUCAAGAUCUGCGGCACCAACGCUGAAGUGAUGCCAGCUCAGUGGGAGUUCCAGGUUGGCCCGUGCGAGGGGAUCGAGAUGGGCGACCAUCUGUGGGCGGCGCGUUUCAUCCUGCACCGCGUCUGUGAGGAUUUCGGCGUGGUGGCGUCCUUCGACCCCAAGCCGAUCCCCGGGAACUGGAACGGCGCCGGCUGCCACACCAACUUCAGCACCAAGGAGAUGAGGGAAGACGGCGGUUUGAAAGCCAUUGAGGAUAGCAUCGAGAAGCUGGCCAAGAGGCACCGCUAUCACAUUCGUGCCUACGACCCUAAAGGGGGCCUGGAUAACGCCCGCCGCCUCACCGGCCACCACGAAACCUCAAACAUCAACGAGUUCUCGGCCGGCGUGGCAAACCGCGGCGCCAGCAUCCGCAUUCCCCGCAGCGUGGGCCAAGACAAGAAAGGCUACUUCGAAGACCGCCGCCCGUCGGCCAACUGCGACCCGUACGCCGUGACCGAGGCGCUGAUACGCACCUGUUUGCUGAGCGAGGAGGGCGACGAACCCACGGAAUACUGAACACUCAUGGACUGACUCCCGCCGCCCUCCCAACGCCGUCGUCUCAAACUAGAACUGUGUUUUUCUUUCUUUUCUUUUAUUUUCUGCUUUCCCGCUGAUUUUAAUCUGCAUUUUUAAUGGCUUCAAGUUGACUGGUCAACUUAGUAUCGUGACAGGGUGGCGCCCCCUCCCCUCCAUCCCCCAUCCCCCCGGUGUGAGCUGGUCAUGUGCAGGGUACGUCCUUCCCCUCGUCUUUAGAAGGGACGGGCUUUUGUAACACUGUUUUCUAGCCCCUGUCAUAUCAUUCCCCCUGUCCUCGUUGGUGACUAAACUGAACUAAAAGCACACGGACACUGCAGAUUAGAGCUGCCGAGGCUGGAGAGCGACGCGUACCUAAUCUUAAUCUAGUUCAUGUACUGUUAAAAUAUGUCGACCUGCCUUUUCUCAGCUGUCCAGUCUUCAAUGUUACUAACUGUAUUUUCUGACGUGUAUAUUUGGAAAUGGCGAUGUUUGGUGUCACUCGGGGUCGUGACCUGUUGGGCCGCGCUCUGUCUGUACCCACUUGUAACUUCUUCACAUGUUGUGGAUUUGUCCAUAAUGCCAUUUGUAGAUUUCCUCAAGGAGUUUUAUCCUUUUGUUAACUGAGAUAUAUUGUAAAUCACCUGAUUUGUAAAACAUCAUGUUUACCAGACUUGGUGUUUUUUAUUGAUACAUUUAAAACUUUUAUUUUUAUCACAA